UUCGCAGCAGGACUUCCGCGCGAGGUCCCGCCUCCUGCUCCGGAAGUCCUCGCGGCGGGUGGAGGUUUCGGGGCCUGACGCGAUCUGGGACUUCCUUUUUGUCCGACAUCUUGCAGGUCUGAGGUGGUCGCCGCUGGGCUCCGCACCUCGCCAUGCCACCCAAGGACGACAAGAAGAAGAAAGACGCCGGGAAAUCGGCCAAGAAGGAUAAGGACCCCGUGAACAAAUCGGGGGGCAAGGCCAAGAAGAAGAAGUGGUCCAAAGGAAAAGUUCGGGACAAGCUCAACAAUCUGGUUCUGUUUGACAAAGCCACGUACGACAAGCUCUGCAAGGAAGUUCCCAACUACAAGCUCAUCACGCCCGCUGUGGUCUCCGAGAGACUCAAGAUCCGUGGGUCCCUGGCCAGGGCAGCCCUGCAGGAGCUCCUGAGUAAAGGACUUAUCAAACUGGUUUCAAAGCACAGAGCUCAAGUAAUUUACACCAGAAACACCAAGGGUGGAGAUGCACCAGCUGCUACUGAAGAUGCAUGAAGCGGUGCAAUGAAUUGUACAUUUGGCAAAAUAAAACCUUAUUAAAUCAAA